AUGGGAAAUUAUUUAUAGCACCUUUCAAGAUAAGGACUCCAUGGAUUCAGAAGGUUAGUUUUAUAUUAAGCUGUUAAGGGUGGAUAGUAAAAUAUAAUUAGACUGAAAAUUUGGUUUCCAAUUAUGCUGGCUAUACUUUAUUUGGAGGGUAUAAUCAAUUUGCAAAUAAGACAAUAGCAUAUAAGCACUUUUCUUUACCUCCUCAUUAUAAACUUAAAAUUACUUUAUAAUUUUGGAAGUAAUUAUGAUAAUAAUGGUAGAAUUGAUAGCUGGAAUAAUGAGUAUCUUUAUGUAAUUGUAGACAAUUAUUUAUGGUCAAAGAGUUAUCAUUAUUCCGAAGGCACCCAGAUAUGCGGAAAAAGAAGUGAUUUGCCAGAUACAACUACACAAAUUACAAUGAUUACAAAUCAUUACUCAAAAUAAUUACUAUUUUUAAUGACUUCCAAUCUGGAUGAUAACGAUGAAGUAUGAUGUUAUUAAAAGUAAAGGAAAGUUGGGGAUUCAGAGAUUUUACUCUAUCAAUAUUAAGAUGUCCUUAAGGUUGUCUAUAUUGUUAAGAUAAUGAUUAUAAUAAUUGUUAUUAUUGGAUUGAUUUUUAUCCUUGUGGUAUCAAUCAAUAGAACUUGAAGGAUGGAUGA